AUGCAGCCUGCAGCAGCAGCAGCAGCAGAUGCAGCAGCAGCAGCAGAUGCAGCAGCAGCAGCAGCAGCAGUAGAUGCAGCAGCAGCAGAUGUAGCAGCAGCAGCAGCAGCAGCAGCAGCAGUAGAUGCAGCAGCAGAUGUAGCAGCAGAUGGAGCAGCAGAUGGAGCAGCAACAGCAGCAGAAAUAGAUGGUGCAUUAAGAACAGAUGCGGCAGCAGCAACAGAAACAACAGAAGCAGCAGCAGCAGCAGCAUCAGCAGCAGCAGCAGCAGCAGUAUAG